AUGCGUAAGGAGAAAUAUCAAGCGAUAUCCAGUGGGUAUCGCAGUGACUAUGCUGAUUUCAAUCGUAGUCCCAAGAACCAGUCAUGCAGAACAGUUUACCGCAAGCGUCUUUACGCAACCAAAUUCGCGGCUAUAUUCCACCCGAUCAAUGGGAUGAAGGGAUCAACGCCAGCUGCUUUGGUUUCCGUGGCGCACAUUUGUCGACUUCUGAGGCAAUGUAUCCUGACAGUCAGCAAGGCUAUGCACCUACUGUUCGUGGGGUUGCAAAAACCAAUGCAAAAGUGGUGA